CGCCACCUUGUGGUGAAAUAAUAUGGCCAAGAUCCCGGAAGUGAAUGGUCUGUUUGGUCCUUAUCAAAAAACAUUACUUAGUUACGUGUAUUGUACGUCGUGUAACUAAUAUGGGGCUGCUGUCAAAUGGCAUGGUACUGAGAAAUAGAAAAAAAGAGAGUUGAAAACGCCCCAAGACCUCAGGUUUGACUUCAAGUGGGCGCAGUUAAUCACACCAUGUUGGUGACAGUAUAUUUUGCCAUCAUCUUCCUGCUUGCCCUGUGUGUUGGCCUCGAGCUCACAGCACGCCGCCUCACCCCACCUCAGUCUACUCCUACUGCCGUAGCCAACCCAGUUUUCCGUCACUUUCAGACUAUAUUCCUCCGGGCAUACCUUUUGGCUUUGUGGGCAGACUGGCUCCAGGGUCCCUACCUCUACAAACUGUACCGCCACUACAGUUUCCUGGAAUCCCAAAUAGCCAUCUUAUAUGUGUGUGGCCUGGCCUCCUGUGUUCUGUUUGCUCCUUUUUCAGGCUGGCUCCCGCAAAUCUUGGGCCGCAGACAGACAUGUCUUGUCUUCUGCCUGUCCUACUCUGCUUGUUGUCUCACCAAGCUGUCCACAGACUACUUUGUUUUGAUUGUGGGUCGGAUAUUGGGGGGUCUGUCCACAUCCCUGCUCACCACCACAUUUGAAUCCUGGUACGUGCACCGCCAUGUAGACGUUCACGAUUUUCCCAAGGAGUGGAUCCCUAGUACCUUCACCAAAGCUGCUACCUGGAAUCAUGGGCUCGCUGUGGGAGCAGGGCUGGUGGCUAACUUGCUGACUGAAUGGCUCCACCUCGGCCCGGUGGCUCCUUUUCUCCUGGCUGUUCCCUGCUUGGUGUGCUGUGGCUGGGUGGUGCUAACAGACUGGGGCAAGGAAGAGGCCAUAGAAUCCCCUGAAGGAGAUAAACAAAAACUGCUUCUUGGCACUCCGAAUGGAGGUGGGAUCCGUUUGUCUGCGAGGGCCCGUUUCUCACGUAGCUGCCAUGAAGCCCUGCGCUGCCUGCUGUCAGACAGAAGAGUCAUGCUCUUAGGUGGAGUGCAGGCUUUGUUUGAAAGUGUCCUAUACAUUUUUGUUUUCCUUUGGACCCCAGUACUGGACCCUCAUGGACCUCCUUUGGGAAUAGUGUUCUCUUGCCUGAUGGCUUCUAGCAUGGCUGGUUCCUUGCUCUUCCGCCUAGCCACCUCCACACGCUACCGUCUACAGCCUGGCCAUGUUCUCUGCCUGGCUGUGCUGAUGGCCUUCUUCUCCUUCUUCAUGCUGACCUUCUCCACUGUCCCAGGCCAACCUAGACCUCAUGAAUCAUUUCUGGCCUUCCUGUUGCUGGAGCUGGCCUGUGGGCUCUACUUCCCUGCAGUCAGCUUUCUCCAGAGCAGGGUGAUCCCAGAGGAGAAACGGGCCGGUGUGCUGGCUUGGUUCCGGCUGCCUCUGCACCUGCUGGCCUGCCUAGGGCUGCUGGCGCUUCAUGGAGAGAUAUCAGGAACAGGUGGAGGGGAGGAGGGCAGCGGAACCAGACACAUGUUUGGAGGCUGUGCAGUCAUGAUGCUGGCAGCUCUGAUGGCUGUAGUCAGUCUGUUCACGCUGGGCAGAAACGACACAGACCUGAGACUGGAAGGAACCAGAGAGGAGGGGGAGAUGUAAUGAUGAGAUGGAC